AUGGCGCCCGGCGUCCUCGAGAUUACCUCAAACAAGCGCCGCCUUCUUAUAUAUAAGGAGAAUGGCGACUUUGUGGUCGAUGGCGAGGCCUUGAGCUUCGAGUCUGACCCGUACCAUGAAUCGACGGCGGACCACGACGACACGCGUAGGGACGGUACGCCCGCACCCCAGUUUAUCCGUCAGGGUCUCUUGCGCAUCACCAUGAGCUCCAAGCCUAAGGAUGCUCAUCUUGGCUGGAUCUUUGGCAGUUAUUGCCUCGCCUGUGAUGUUCUGCUGGACGAGAAUAGCCGCCGAGGAAUCAGUGCCAAGCAGUUCGCCGUACGGAUGCAGAAAGAGCCCGGCGUGUUUCUCAUCGUCAAUCUCAGCCGGCACGGCACCCUCAUGAGGUCCACGGACCCUGCCUUGACUCUCGUCAAGUCGCAAAGAGCUUUCGGGGCCAGCGUGGGCAUGAGAGACAUGACGCUCCGUGUGGGUGACCUGGCCCUGGAGCUAACCUGCCCCAAGAACUCGGCGCACCCCGGCGAGUUUGAAGCCCACUGGUCCCGGCUCUAUGCCGAGCUAGGUGCCCAAGUGCCGCCAAUGACCGGCCUGGCUACGCCGACAUCGCGCUUUGUCUACCAACUGAUCGAGGAGGUGGAACGGCUGGAGUAUUAUCAGUCUGGGGGAUACCAUCCCGUCCAGAUCGGCGACUCUCUUCAGGGGCGAUACCGCAUAGUGCACAAGCUCGGCCAUGGCUCAUUCUCAACAACUUGGCUGGCCCGGGACCAGCAGCUAGCAACCUAUGUUGCCAUCAAAGUGGCCACCUCGGACUCAGACCACCAUGAGGCCGACGUCUUAUCUCGCAUCACCGUGCCUACUCUUGAAUGCAAAGGCCGUGGCAAACCCCUGCUCCCAGCUGUCCUUGAUCGCUUCAGCCUCUGUGGACCUAACGGGACGCACUUUUGCCUCGUAACGAACCCGGCAAGAUUUGCCCGAGCUCUUCCCGCUCAACUUGCCAUUGCUGUCGCACGAGUCCAUGACCAGAAAUAUGUCCAUGGAGACCUUCAUCUAGGCAAUAUCCUCCUACAUUUGCCAUCGGGUCUUAACCAUCUCUCAGAGGAGCAACUUUACCACAAGUUUGGACCACCCGAGCCCGAGCCUAUCAUCCGGCUAGACGGAAAGCCAAUUUCGCCAAAUAUUCCUUCACACGCAAUCUCGCCGCUCCUGCUUGUGGACUUUGGGGUAGCCUUUCGACCAUCGGAAGAAUCGAGGUUUCAGUCCUAUACACCGCUCGAAAUCCGGCCGCCAGAAGCCCGCUUUGAGCCGACAACGCCCCUCUCCUUUGCGUCCGAUAUCUGGAGCCUUGCUUGCACUAUAUGGGCCAUUAUCGGCCAGAGAUCGUUAUUUGACAGCCUUCUAGCGACUGAAGACGACAUCACGUGCGAACAUGUUGAGGCCCUUGGCUGUCUUCCACCAGAGUGGUUGGAAAAAUGGGGAGCGCGACCUAGUGACCGGCCGACUGCCAGGCAAGUCUUGGAAACGGCAUGGAUGAGGGACUGGGCUCUGCCCGAGUUUGAGAAGAUUCCAGAAUGA